GCCAGAACGUGGCUACAUCUGGCUUAUCACAUGCGCAUCGAACACACCGUCCGCACAUACAUUGCUGCAGUCUUUCUCCAUACCAAUCGUUCGCUGUCAGACUGUGCAAAUAGAAGCUGAUGAAGGAAAACAGUUUGGGAUGUUCUGUCCUCGCUUGGACUCAUGAACAAGCAUGCCAAGCUCCUCUUCCUCGGACUUGACAAUGCCGGAAAGACCACGCUGCUACACAUGCUUAAGAACGACAGGGUUGCUGUUCUCCAGCCAACUCUGCACCCGACCUCCGAGGAGCUCUCGAUAGGAAACGUCAAGUUCACAACCUUCGAUCUCGGAGGCCACGCGCAAGCCCGACGAUUGUGGCGUGACUACUUCCCCGAAGUUUCCGGUAUCGUAUUCCUCGUCGAUGCCAAAGACCACGAGCGUCUUACCGAGUCGAAAGCCGAGCUCGACGCUUUGCUCGCCAUGGACGAACUCAAGAACACACCCUUUGUCAUUCUUGGCAACAAGAUUGACCACCCCGAUGCCGUCUCCGAGGACCAGCUCCGCUCUGUGCUUGGUCUAUACCAGACAACCGGCAAGGGCAAGGUGCCGCUUGAGGGCAUCCGACCUAUCGAGGUCUUCAUGUGCAGUGUGGUCAUGAGGCAGGGAUACGGAGAGGGUAUCCGAUGGUUGAGCCAGUAUGUCUAGGCGCAAUACUACGACAAUAACUAUAAUGCGGCUACAGGAUUGAAGAAGGAUGUGGAGGGCAUGUGGCACUUUGGCCUUUUGGGCGCGGUGAGCGGAACACAGGCACGGAACAGAAGCAUGAAAGUCACACGCGUGUUAGAUGUACUCUCACGGUCGUUGGCGUUAGCUCUUGGAAAUAAUAUUACAUUUGCA